UCAUAUGGUGUUGAGAUUGAGAUUCUUACUAGAGCAGUCAACAUGUUUAUAUAACUAUUUGAUAACCGGUCAAACCAUUGGGAUCCAGGUGACAAAUGUUCCACAAUGUUUCAGUCUGUCCGAGUAUCAAUCCGGUGCGUUCUUCGCUACCAUUUGAAGUUUUAUCCUAAACUUGCGCGAGAUGUCCAUGCAACUCCCAUUCUGGUGGCAGGACAUUCAAAAUGGCAAAAUAUUCGACAUAUUAAAGCUCUUAACGAUGGACGAAAGUCCGUCCUGUUUAUCAAAUUGGCUCGCCAGAUUCGCUUGGCAAUUCAAGCCGGAGGGCCCAAUCCUGCGGUUAACUCAACGUUACGCGCCACAAUCGAUGAGGCGCUCAAGAAAAAUAUGCCCAACUCAACGAUUCAGAGUAUCCUGAAAAAAUCUGCUCAAAACACGGCUAAGCUGAAGAGAUAUACACUCGAGAUGAAGGCCUUCAAUCAGAUCAAUAUCAUCUGCGUACUUUACACCGAAAAUUUCACCCAUAUGAAGAUGGAACUAGCUACGAUUCUAAGAAAAAAUUUUUCCAAUUAUACUGAUGUGAUACAUCUGUUCGACGAGCAAGGCUACGUGGAAGUAAUCGCCCCUCAAGAAGUACCGAAAGAGGAUUUAUUAUCCUGUUGCACUGAGCAUGCAAUCGAAGCAGGAGCCGAGGACGUUGAAGUGAUGAAUGAAGAUAGUAAACUAGUUAGGUUUAUCUGUGAUCCAAUUGACAUUGACAAAGUAAAAACUCAGCUGGGAAAACUGAACUACACAAUCGAGCAUAGCGAGCACGCUUAUUUUCCUAAAACUACAAUUAAACUAAACCCGGAUGCUACGGAGGCUUAUGAGAAACUGAAAGAAAAAUUGAGAGCGAUAGAUGGAGUAGAGGACAUUUACGAUAACGUGGAAAUAGUAAAUGAUCAAUAAAGUUAAAUAUUUCUAGUAAAAAUAAA